AUUCCUGUCUGUUUUCCAGAUCUCAGAGGGCAUGACAACCCUAAAAUCGAUGGCGCAACAAGUGAUAGAUCAAGCGGGUUUGCAAAACAACUCGGUCAUUCUCGAGUCGAAUAAGUCGCAAAGCCAAGGAAUGUCAGACGCUCACAUACCCCCUUUGCUCGGUGUAGCGCCACUGGGCGCGAUACCGCUGCUGAAAGAACACCAGACGCAGUUCCAGCUGAUGGAAUCCGCUUUCUAUCACAUGCCCCACCUGUCCGACUCUGAAAGGAUACGACCGUAUUUACCGAGAACUCCCUGCCCAACACCCGCCUAUUACAUCCAGAGCCCGUUGGCGCAUUCCGACAGCCUCGAGUUUUAUCAGAGACUCGCGACGGAAACCCUCUUCUUCGUCUUCUACUACAUGGAGGGCACGAAGGCGCAAUAUUUGGCCGCGAAGGCGCUCAAGAAACAAAGCUGGAGGUUCCACACGAAGUACAUGAUGUGGUUUCAGAGGCAUGAAGAACCUAAGAUCAUAAAUGAAGAAUACGAACAGGGCACGUAUAUUUAUUUUGAUUAUGAAAAAUGGGGACAGAGGAAAAAGGAAGGAUUCACCUUUGAAUAUAAAUACUUAGAAGAUAGGGACCUUAAUUAAUUAAAAUAUUUAUAUAAUU